AUGGUUAUUUAUAAUCACGCCGAGGCUGAGGAGUCCGAUGUCGAUCCCCGCGACCUUGUCUCAUCUUCCUCUGGCCACCAUAUGGCCUUGCCCGAAUUCGACAAUAGCGGCUACUUUAUGCGCCAGGCCUCUCCUGCUGACAGAGAUGAGGCCAUCUUUUCCAGCCCGCCGUCGGCUCGAGGUGGUCUCGGCCGCGGAGCCGACGUCUUUGCCGGCUCGCCAAGUUCUCGUGGCCACUUUGUGGGCGACGACAAUCACGAACGGAAGAAGCUGCUGUCGCCGCAGCGCACGCCGUCCUACGGCUCGCAGCAAGUCUAUCCGGGCCCAUUUCAUCGCCAGCCGCCGACUUUUGCGUCAGCAGUAGCCGGUCGGUACCAUGGCGGCUUUCACCGCACGAUGCUGCCGUCGAUCGAAGGUGCCGAGCUGGAAGUCGAACACGCGUACGAGCACGACGACGAGAACGAGAACGGCAAGCCGCCGACAGACCUGUCCGACUGGCGAGCGCGGCUGCGCUACUGCGAGCAGGCGCGCAACAAGUCGGCCCUGGAGGCCUGCAUGGUGCGGCUGCUCGAGUUCCCCGAAGGCAUCACGGAACAAGAGAUGGCGGCGCGGCGGGCGGCCAACCUGCGUUUUGACCGUAUUCGCGAGCAGCGCCUCAAGGACCGCAACAACGAGGCUGCCAAGCGCAGCCGCCAACGCAAGGUGCAGCGGAUCGAGGCUGCCGAGCGUCGCAUCGCUGAGCUGGUUGCCGAGCGUGACGACUACAGCGAGCAGGCCGUUGCGCUGAAGCAGGAGGCAGCCGAGCUGAGAGAGCGGCUGAACCACACGCAGAAGCAGCUGACUGAUUUGCGCAAGAAAGCUGUCCGUGCAAAUGCUGCAGACGGGGUUAUACUCAAGGAAGAGCACGACGAGGACGACGAGGAUGACGAGAGCGAUGAGUACCAGAAGCGGCAUGAGACGAACGAUCGUGGACAGGGCCGCAGACAGAUGCAACGCGGCCAGCAAGACUGUUUCGGACUAGGACGUUUAAGGAAGAGGAGCCCGCCAUGGAUGACCAGCAAGAUGGAGACAUAUUUAUGGAUGACGAUCAGCGCGACACUAUGUGGGGUUGAACGAGCGAGCACUCCUUCUUGA